UAGAGCAGAGGCUCAUUUGAAGGGGUAGGGCUGCCGGCAUCCCACUGCCGGUUGCAUUUGCACCAACUCCAUGUGAAUGAUAAAUGAGGAAGUGAAAGAACCACCUGCUGCGAAGCACCUGCCUUGAAGACCACUCAGCAUUCAGCUACAACCAGUGACAAAGAAGGAAGAAUGGUGGCUACUAAGCAUGUAUUUGAGGAAGAACAGCCAUUGAUGCAGGGAGUUGUUGCCUGACAUAAGACCAUGCUCGUGUGCAAAGGUGUAAAGAUGAGGGUGCUCAUCAGUCUUCUUCUGACUCCAUGUUUGGUUUUGGGGGUUAGAACUAUUCGAGAGAGCAUCCCAAUGCAGACCCUACAGUGUUAUAAUGACCACGCAUCUCGUACAACUUGCACAUGGAUGGAGUGUUCAGAGGCUCAUGAAUUCCUGAAUGUGACUCUGAACUUUAAAAGUUAUGAAAAUGUAAGCAGGAAUGAAGAAAUGACCUGCAGGUCCCACACAGGUGAAAACCACGCUGACUGCCAGAACUCCACAAUGCACUGGGUGUGUCACGUCGAUGACUAUCAUCAAGAAAACUACAGCUUCAAAUUUAACCUGGCACUACAGUCAGAGCUGAAUGUCUACUUGUUUCAGAAUGUUCAGACCCCCCCACCUCAAAACCUCUCGGUCAGCUUGAUGACAUCAGGAGACUUCUUGCUGACCUGGAAAGCAGCUGAUGGAAGCCAAGGGCUGAGCAGUGCCCUGGAGUAUGAAGUCACUUACAAGCGGGAGUGGGAGUCCUGGGAGAAAGCUGCCUCCCUCUUGCUCUCCAACACCACAAGUUGCCAUCUCCACCACAAGGGCCUUCUCCCAGGAAGCAGCUACGUUGCCCGCGUGCGAGCCAGACCGGGACAGGCCAGUGGCUUCUCUGGGCAGUACAGCGAGUGGAGCACGGAGGUGUCAUGGCAGACCCCUGAAGGUGGCCUUCAUCCCAGCAACCUUCGCUGCCUCUUCAAUGGUGCAGAUCGUCUGACGUGCAGCUGGGAAGUGAAGAAAGUGAUCGCCACCUCUGUCCUCUUUGGCUUGUUCUUCAGGGCCACUCCAGCAUCAGCAGAAGAGGAGGAGUGUUCUCCUGUGCACGAGCAGACUUUGCCUCAUGUUCCAUAUGUGGUCCAGAGCUGCACAAUCCCUGUUAACUCCAGCAGUCAGAGCCAGUACCAUGUGUCUGUCCGAGCCAAGACAGAGGAGAAGCUGAUUGAAGCCCGCAAGAACAUUAAGGCGCUGCCACCCAGAAAUGUGUCAGUAACAGUGACAGAGAACCAAGAGUAUGAACUGAGGUGGAAAAAACACACUUUCGACUAUGACUCCAUAAAACAGAGCUACCAAGUUGAGUACUGGAAAAACAACCAAUACGAGAAGACAGCCAAGAUGUUAAAUAUCAUCAAUGAUGAACCUCCCUUCAUCUUCACCGGGCAGAUGUUGGCAUCAUCUACAGAAUACAGGGGGAAAAUGCGGGCGAGGGUGAAUACGCCUGUGGAAUAUGAGGGGCCUUGGAGUGAAUGGAGUGAGGAAUUCACCUGGAAGACAGAGAAUGUUUCAGUUCUGCCACCAGUGGUUCUCCCAGCGAUGCUCCCAGCUCUCAUCAUCAUCUUACUUAUAGUUGCUUAUUGCAGCUAUAGGUAUUUCCUCAGGAAGAAGCAAAUGUGGGAGGAAAAGAUUCCGAACCCCAGCAAGAGUCUCCUGAUCCAGAGCUACCUGGGGCGAGCUGUUAGCCAACAGCCAGCCAGCCAGGUGGGCUUCAAUGGGCAGAACACUUCUGAGGAGGUGGAGCAAGUCAGCUGCCUUCAAGUGCUUGAUGGGAUGAUGAAAAGCAGCCCAGGAGAGUUCCACGGAGCUGAGGGAAAGACAGUGCAAGUUUCCCAAGCUACACUGGCUCCACAAAACUCCUGUCAGACUUCUGAAGUGCCACAUAAAUCCUCGCUUUCAUCAUCUGCACUUGUCUGCCCAUUGAAUCAGACAGUUGGGCCAUCCUGCUCGUGUGCCAGGCUUCCAAGCAAGUGUGAGGCUCAUUCAAGUACUGCUUCCAAUACUUUCUUUGCUUUCAACGGUCCAUACUUGUACAGCCCAGCGGAGUCCUCCCAGCCUGAUGUGCAUCAGACCUCAGAAGUGGACCCAGUGGGAGUCCGUGAGAAAUCAGUUUCCCUUCAGUAUGUGACCCUCCCAAAGGAAGACUGUCCCCAGCCUCCACAGAGGCAAGAGCAGCCAGCAGCAGCUCCUUCACAGCCCUUCCUGCUCCCAGAUCAGAAGGAAGUGACACAGCACAUUGAGGAUGAGAAAGAAGUCUCACUGGCCCCACCAACCUGUGGGAAAGUCAUGGACAUGAGAACAGAAGAGCAGAAAUCUCCAAAGGCUCUAGGCUGUGUCACGUCUCCUCAGCAGUGCCCCUUGGAGUAUGUCACCACAGAGAGCCUGUUAGUGCCAUCAGCCAGCAACUCCACCCCUCCACCACUUGUCACUGCUGGGGAGUUACCCGGUGACUCACAGGAGCCCCCACCCUCCAGUGACCACUCUUGUCAUGAGUCUUCUCAGGGGAAAACUGGUGCCACGGCCCCAGUUUCAGGUCAAGCACCAACCUCGUCACCUGAAUUGCACCUGGAUACAUUUGGAGAGUAUCUUACUGUCCCUUUAGAUGUCCAUGGACAUUCAGAACCCACAAAAAUGUCCUUACAUUGAAAAAGAGUAUUUUUUUCUGAAUAACCUGUGUUACAGAACUAUGUAGUCAUAUUUAAUCCUAGCAGUGCCAUAACUGGUUUCCUCCAAGAUGAGCAAUUGCUACCCUGUCCCCAACCUAAAACCCAGUAAGAAGAUGCAGAUGAAUCAGAAAGAUCCCCAAGUGUAUUUGGUUUGUGUGGCAAGGUUUUGGUAGCUGGGGGCUACACGGGUGGCUUCUGUGAGAACAUGCCAGAAGCCUCCCCCAUGCCUGACAGAGCCAUUUCCAGCUAGCUCCAAGAAGGACAUGCUGCUGGCCAAAGCUGAGCCAUUCAACAAUGCUGGUAGCACCUCUGUGAUAAAAUAUUUAAGACAGUGUAAAAACUGGUGCUCAACAGCAGCUGGGAGAUAGAAGUGAGAAUAUGAGAGAGAAACAACUCUGCAGACACAAAGGUCAGUGAAGAAGGAGAAGGAGGAGGUCCUCCAGGCAGCAGAGCAGAGAUUCCCCUGUAGACCGUGCUGAAGUCCUUGGUGAAGCAGGUUUGUCCCCUUGAAGCCCAUGGAGGUCCACUAUGGAGCAGAUAUCCAUUCUGCAGCCCGUGGAGGCCCCCACACCAGAACAGGUGGAUGUGCCCCAAAGGAGGCUGUGACCCCAUGGGAAGUCCACACUGGAGCAGGUUCCUGCCAUGACCUGUGAACCUGCAGGGAAACCAAGCCGGAGCAGUCCUUUCCUGAAGGACUGCACUCCAUGGAAAGGACUCACGCUAGAGAAGUUAAUGAAGAAUUGUCUCCCAUGGGUGGGAUGCUAUGCUGGAGCAAGGUAAGAGCAUUAGGAGGAAGGAGCAGCAGAGACAAGAUGUGAGAACUGACUGCAACCCCCAUUCUCCAUCCCCCUGCACCACUCAGGGGGAGGAGAUAGAGAAAUUGGGAGUGAAGCUCAGCUCAGGAAGAAGGAAGGAGGUGGGGGGAGGUGGUUUUGUUGUUUUUGCUUUUGUUUUUAAAUUUGGUUUUAUUUCUCAUUAUUGUACUCUGAUUUGAUUGGCAAUUGUGCUGGUUUUCGCUGGAAUAGAGUUGAUUUUCUUCAUAAUAGCCAGCAUGGGGCUAUGUUUUGGAUUUGUGCUGAAAACAGUGUCGGUAACACAGGGAUGUUUUAGUUACCGCUGAGCAGUGCUUACAGAGUCAACCUUUUUCUGCUCCUCACACCACCCCACCAGCGAGUAGGCUGGGGGUGCACAAACAGCUGGGAGGGGACACAGAUGGGACAGCUGACCCCAACUGACCAAAGGGAUAUUCCAUGCCAUAUGAUGUCAUGAUCAGCAUAUGAAGCUGGUGGAAGAAGGAAGGAGGGACAUGAGGAGUUAUGGAUUUUUAUCUUGCCAAGUAACCAUUACACGUGAUGGAACUCUGCUUUCCUGGAGAUGGUUCAACACCUGCCUGCAGACGGGAAGCAGUGAAUGAAGUCCUUGUUUUGCUUUGCUUGAAUGCAUGGCUUUUGCUUUACUUAUUAAACUGUCUUUAUCACAA